CGACUGCUUCAGUCAAGGUGAACUCAGUCCAGUGGCGCUCCUGUUUUGGACUCUCCUUUGCAGCAAGAUGUCUCAGGAUUAUUUUGGAUUCUCUGUUAUGAAAACAAAUGCGAGGAAUGGCACAAACACUGUGGCCAUCGCAAAUGCAGCAGAUAUCUCUGUAAUUGUGGUUUAUUUCUUGGUUGUCCUUGCUGUUGGAGUAUGGGCUAUGGUCCGGACAAACCGAUCCACCGUAGGCGGCUUUUUCCUUGCUGGAAGGAGUAUGGUGUGGUGGCCGAUUGGCGCAUCCCUGUUUGCCAGUAACAUUGGCAGUGGCCACUUUGUUGGGAUUGCAGGAACCGGUGCAGCUGGAGGAAUAGCCAUCGGUGGAUUUGAAUGGAACGCUCUUAUUGUUGUGGUAAUUCUGGGAUGGCUCUUUGUGCCAAUUUACACCAAAGCCGGAGUAAUCACCAUGCCUGAGUACCUGAAGAAAAGGUUCGGAGGACAGCGCAUCCGCAUAUAUCUCUCUGUCCUCUCGUUGUUUCUCUAUAUCUUCACCAAGAUCUCUGCAGACAUGUUCUCUGGUGCCAUCUUUAUCAACCAGGCUCUACAUCUCAAUAUCUACGUUGCUGUUGUCGCGCUACUAGCGAUUACUGCUCUUUAUACUGUCACAGGUGGACUUGCUGCAGUGAUAUACACGGACACCUUACAGACUAUCAUCAUGAUUGUUGGGUCCUUCAUUCUAAUGGGCUAUGCUUUUGUUGAGGUGGGGGGCUAUGAAAACUUCCAGAGGGACUUCAUGACCGCAGUCCCCGAAUUCACGGGCAACGUCAGCGCAAAGUGCUACACACCUCGGCCAGACUCUUUCCAUAUUUUUAGGGAUGCAGUUACAGGAGACCUGCCAUGGCCUGGAAUGAUUUUUGGUCUCACCAUUCAAGCCAUCUGGUACUGGUGCACUGACCAGGUGAUUGUCCAGCGUUGCCUCUCAGCUAAGAAUCUAUCUCACGUUAAAGGAGGUUGCAUCCUCUGCGGCUAUCUGAAGCUGUUUCCAAUGUUUCUCAUCGUUUUCCCUGGGAUGAUCAGCAGGAUCCUCUAUGCUGAGGAGGUGGCAUGUGUGGAUCCAGAGAGAUGUCAAGAAUACUGUGGUGCUAGUGUCGGAUGCACCAACAUCGCUUACCCAAAACUGGUGGUGGAGCUCAUGCCAAAUGGCCUGCGAGGUCUGAUGCUGUCUGUGAUGCUGGCCUCUCUGAUGAGCUCACUUACCUCCAUCUUCAACAGUGCCAGCACCCUCUUCACCAUGGAUAUCUACAGUAAGAUCCGUUCUUCCGCCAAAGAGAGGGAGCUCAUGAUUGCUGGCAGACUGUUCAUCUUGGCCCUGAUUGGCGUGAGCAUCGCGUGGAUCCCUGUGGUGCAGAACGCCCAGAGCGGUCAGCUCUUUGACUACAUCCAGUCCAUCACCAGCUACCUUUCUCCACCUGUUACAGCUGUCUUCAUUCUCGCCGUCUUUUGCAAACGUGUCAAUGAGUCUGGUGCCUUUUAUGGGCUCACAAUUGGCCUGGUAAUAGGCCUGUCCAGGAUGAUCGCAGAGUUUAUUUACGGGACAGGCAGCUGUGCUAACCCCAGUGACUGCCCCACUAUCAUAUGUGGAGUACACUACCUCUACUUUGCCAUCAUCCUGUUUUCCGUCACCUGUCUCAUCAUCCUUGGAGUCUCCCUAAUGACCAAACCCAUUGAGGACAAGCAUCUGUAUCGAUUGUGCUGGAGCCUAAGGAAUAGUACGGAGGAGCGCGUGGACCUCGAGCAAGACAACUGGGUGGAUAAUAAUAGUGACAGCAUGGACAUUGAAGAACCAGAUGAGGACCCAGGCUGCUGCAAGAAAGCAAUAAUGUGCUUCUGUGGACUGGAUGAGAAGAAAGGUCCCAAACUCAGUCCAGAAGAGGAGGCAGAGCUGAAUAGGAAGCUCACAGACACGUCAGAGGUGCCGCUAUGGAGAAAUGUCGCCAACAUCAAUGCCAUCAUCCUCCUGUGUGUGGCUGUAUUUUUUCACGGUUUUUUCGGUUAACAACACCCAAAUGACUUUAAACUCUGCCAGACACAGUAAUUCAUAUUUAAGUGACACAUUUUUUUUUCUGUUUUUUUGGUCUGAGCCAGCACAAACAUCACAAGUCCCUUGCCUAGGUUUUAUAUUUUUACCACUGUGUUCUGCAGGUCAUAACAUUUAUUUUUCUCAAAGUUGUUGCAAAAUAUUAACAAAGGUUUAAUUUAAAUUCAGCAUGUAUAUUUGAACACAUUUAUUCAAACAGUUGAAUAUAUUUGUAGAUAUCCUGCAUCAACUAUCAUUUUUCUUGUUCUUUUUGUUCUUUGUGUAUGUGUGUGUCUGAGUAUGUGGAUAGAGCACAUUACAAAUGACUGCAGAGUACUGAUAUUCCACAAAAUAGCUUAUGAAUGGGGCUUCAGGCAGACUCCUGCAUGUUAUUACUUGAUAAGAGCACACUUACACUGUUUGCAAUAGUAGAAUGAAUAGCAGUAGAAAAUGUAGAAAGUAGAAAAGUAGAGAAGAAAAAUGAAUAACAAGAUUUUAACUGUAAAAAAAGCACAAGUGAUUAUCAUCCACUGCAACUGUUAAAUGCUUAAUUAAUAUUGAUGCAGUGUGGAAAUUGUGAACAUAAGUCAGGAUGCUGCAAAAAGUAAAUACAAGAGGGACAACAUCACACAAAGUACCAUAAAGAUACUCAAAUGUGUAACUGAUGACUGCAAAGAGCUGAGGUUGUAAAGCGCCUCUGAAUGUAAUCUGUUCACAUUUUACAUUGAAUGCUACGUCGUUCCCUUUUAGCAGUGUGCUCAAAGUUCACAAGAGCUAUCACUUUUACAUGAAUGCACUUUGGUAUCGUUUUGUAGGUGUUAAUGAAUAGAAACGUUUCGCGGAAGAGGAGUUGUGAAACACUACACGCACUCGCCGACCCGCUUUGCUGCCCUCUGGUGGUUCAGUGGUGUUUGUUAAAAAAAUUUAAAUAUACAUCUUUUUUAUUCUGUUAUGCUUUAAAUGCCUACUCAAAUGUGAUUUUAUUCAGGUAAAUUAUAUAUUUUAUUUGAUUAAUAAAUAAUCACUUAAUAACACCCCCUUCCUCCUGCCUUUGGAAUAUCCAAACCAUUUGUGAUUUACUGACAUGAUCUCUGUUUUAUGACUAAUUUGUGUAGUUAAUGUCUAAUGACUGAGUGGCACCAACAUGUAUGCUGCUAAUGACUUUUUUUUUUUUAUCUCCUUGGCAAUGUUCAGUUUGUCAGUCCCUGCCUGAUUAUCAUGCUGCCAAUUACUUUAUUUCUGUUUGGCUCUUAUAUAUUUGCCACUGUUAGGUGUCAUGGCUACGGAUAAAAACACAGUCAAAGGUCAACAUGGAGGCUUGUUUUGCUCUCACCAAUAAAAAAGGAAAUAUUG